CCCUCCCCGGGCCCCUCCCGCCGCGCUGCAGUCGCGCAGGUGCGUGAGGCCGCGCCCGCUGGGGACCCUGCAGACGUGGACCCGCCAUGGAGCACAUCCGCACGCCCAAGGUUGAAAAUGUCCGGUUGGUUGAUCGAAUGUCUUCUAAAAAAGCAGCCCUUGGUACUUUGUAUCUGACAGCUACUCAUGUCAUAUUUGUAGAAAAUGUACCUGAUGCAAGAAAAGAAACAUGGAUUCUUCACAGUCAGAUUUCCACCAUUGAAAAACAGGCAACAGCUGCUACUGGAUGUCCUCUUCUGAUUCGCUGCAAGAACUUUCAGAUCAUACAGCUCAUCAUACCACAAGAAAGAGAUUGCCAUGACGUGUACAUCUCUCUGACACGCCUUGCACGGCCAGUGAAAUAUGAGGAGUUAUACUGCUUUUCAUUCAACCCCAAGCUGGAUAAAGAAGAAAGAGAACAAGGUUGGAUGCAGAUCGAUCUCAGUGAAGAAUACAAGCGAAUGGGCCUCCCUAAUAAUUAUUGGCAGCUCAGUGAUGUGAAUAGAGACUAUAAAGUCUGUGACUCUUACCCAACUGAACUGUAUGUUCCCAAAUCAGCCACGGCACACAUCAUCGUAGGGAGUUCCAAAUUCCGGAGUAGACGGCGAUUUCCUGCUCUUUCUUACUACUAUAAAGAUAACCACGCCUCCAUCUGCCGGAGCAGCCAGCCCCUGUCCGGCUUUAGUGCACGGUGCCUGGAGGAUGAGCAGAUGCUCCAGGCCAUCAGGAAAGCCAAUCCAGGAAGUGACUUCAUUUACGUUGUGGACACUCGGCCUAAACUUAAUGCAAUGGCAAAUCGUGCUGCAGGGAAAGGCUAUGAGAAUGAAGACAAUUAUUCCAAUAUCAAGUUUCAGUUUAUCGGGAUAGAGAACAUCCAUGUCAUGAGGAACAGUCUGCAGAAAAUGCUGGAAGUAUGUGAACUCAAAUCUCCCUCUAUGAGUGAUUUCCUGUGGGGGCUGGAGAACUCUGGCUGGUUAAGGCACAUCAAGGCAAUCAUGGAUGCAGGAAUCUUCAUUGCAAAGGCAGUUUCAGAGGAAGGGGCAAGUGUGCUUGUCCACUGCUCUGAUGGCUGGGACAGGACUGCUCAGGUGUGCUCGGUGGCCAGCCUCCUGCUGGAUCCACACUACCGAACUCUGAAGGGCUUCAUGGUAUUAAUAGAAAAGGACUGGAUUUCCUUUGGCCAUAAGUUUAAUCACAGAUAUGGCAAUCUAGAUGGUGACCCAAAAGAAAUCUCCCCAGUAAUUGACCAGUUCAUUGAGUGUGUCUGGCAAUUAAUGGAACAAUUUCCCUGUGCCUUUGAGUUCAAUGAGAGGUUUCUGAUUCACAUUCAACAUCACAUUUAUUCUUGCCAGUUUGGAAACUUCCUAUGCAACAGUCAAAAGGAGAGACGAGAACUCAAUAUUCAAGAAAGAACAUACUCUUUAUGGGCUCAUCUGUUGAAGAAUCGGGCUGACUACCUGAAUCCUCUGUUUAGAGCGGAUCACAGUCAGAACCAGGGAUGCCUUCACCUCCCUGCAGCUCCAUGCAAUUCCAUGUACAAGUUUUGGAGUGGAAUGUAUAACCGUUUUGAAAAGGGGAUGCAGCCCCGACAGUCCGUUACAGAUUACCUUAUGGCCGUGAAGGAGGAAUCCCAGCAGCUGGAGGAAGAACUGGAGGCCCUAGAAGAAAGGCUGGAAAAAAUUCAGAAGGUCCAGUUAAGUCACACUACAGUGAAGAGUAACAAGCAAAGUGAACCCAGCAAACACUCAGGGUUUUCUACCACAGACAACAGCACAGCCAACACUCCCCAGGAUUACAGUGGGAAUAUGAAAUCAUUUCCAUCCAGAAGCCCUUCACAGGGUGAUGAAGAUUCUGCUCUGAUUCUAACCCAAGACAAUCUGAAAAGCUCAGAUCCAGACUUGUCAGUGAACAGUGAUCAAGAGUCUGGGGUGGAGGAUUUAAGUUGUCGGUCUCCAAGUGGUGGUGAGCGUGCACCAAGCGAAGACAGUGGUAAGGACCGGGAUUCUGAUGAAGCUGUGUUUCUCACUGCCUGAAGUUUCCCUUUGGAGUUCCAAAGUGAAAGACACACAAGAAACACUUCCAAAAAAAAGGGCAUGGUGCAAUUCUGAAUAAAAAUGAUUUAGGAAAUGGGACAUGUCAUCGAGAAUUGUAAAAUGUAGCUAUGAAAAUGGAAAAAAAUGACCAACUCUUAGUGUAUUUAGAUGUUUAAGAACAGGAAGUAGCCACUUCUUUCAUCAAUAUAAGGAAAAUUAUUCAUCAUUUUGAAACUCAUUCUAGACUAUGAAAAUUGUAUUCACUGCAAAACAAUUAUUCUAUCAUCACUUGAGGUUACCAGUAUAAAUCUUCCUUGUCAUAGCAUGCAUCUCCUCACAAAGCCCCCUGACUCUCUUCCCUUAAACCUGUUAUGAUCUUGAAUGUCUCUUAUUUCACUUCCAGAUGCACAGUUUGUGUUUUCUAUCUUCUGACCCUAUUACCAUUAUUUCUAAAAAAUAGGGCACGUUGAUGAGAUAUAAGGAGCUUUGAAAUUGUUUAAACUUAUCUUUCAGGUAUAAUAAUCACUUUAACUUUUCCUUAGAUAAUAUAUUUUGAAUUGUUAAUAAUAAUUUUGUUGCCCUUUCUGGAAUCUCUUCUGUUUCUCAUCAUUUAAAAAAAUAAUAAAACUUAUAACUUACUUUUUGUCUAAGAUGGGUCUAAUACCUAAUAAAAUAGAAGCAACAUUCACUCUAUGGCUCUUACAUAUGAAUUCAAAUCAUAUUUGCUUUCUUAAUAACAACCUUUCGUUACUGUUCCAGAGACUAGACUACAAAGAUUGUUUGAGCCAACUAUCAACCAGCUUGAUUCCUGAAGUUUAACACUGUAAAAGUUAGUAGGGUAAAAUAUCAAUAAGAGCAAAUCCCAAUUAAGAACUAGAGAAUUUGGCUGUCAUGCCUAUUAAACAGGGGGAAUGAUUUACACCAUCUAUCAUUCUAGAAAUUAUGUGACUGGUGAAUCUAGUUUAAUUAACAUUAGUAACAUCUCAUGAACAAUGACUGCUAAAUAUUCUGAAAAUUUUUUGUUUUGGUAAAAGGCACAUGUGAAACAGAACCAUUCUCCUAUCUUAUUACUGAAACACAGGACUUUACUAGGUAACCUGAACUUUUGAUUUGAAGGAACCUACUAGAGAAAAGUUAUCAUGUUUGAAUAGAAAGAAAGAGUAUUCACAAUGUAUGGCUUUGAAAUAUUAGUACAUUCUAGAAUGUAGAAGGAUUAAUUUUAUCACUUAUAUAAACAUUUUAAAUAUGUGAAUUUUUAUUGGAGAAUAUAUUACAUUUUGCUAAAAUGGGAGCAAGGAAAAGAAAAAAGGCAAGUGAUAUUGCUGAAAUCUCUAGUAUGAAAGAUUUGGGGCAUAGUAAUAUACAUAAAUCAAAUUAUACAGUAUAAUUGUUAAUUGUAUGCAUAUUUAAAAAUAGAAGUUAUUUUAAUAUACUAAAGACAGUAAUAUAAAAUGCUCUUUUAAUGUUAAAAUAAAGCAAGUACAAUUGUUUUAGAAUACAAAAUCUGAGUAUUUUCUGCUGAGUAGUUCCCAAAUUAAAUACAAGGAAAGGUCAUUCAUUUUCUAUAAUAAAAAAAACAUAUAUAACAGAGAAUACCCUGCUAAGAAAUACUUAGGAUAUAGGGUCAAUAGCUUUUACAUUUUUAUAAUGUAUAUAACUCACUUCAUACCAUUCUUGUAGUUGUCUACUUCUAGAAACUUUGUUGUCUAAAACUGAGGAUAUGACUUUAAUUUCUUCCAGUUGGUAGUGUAAGGCUAAAAAAAGCAAUACUUUUUUUUUAAAAAAAGAAAAGAAACAGUAUCUAUACCAAAAAGGACUAUGCAUUUACUUGGGAAAGCAAAUAUUCUAUUUGAUACAUUAAAUUUUAAUUUUAUAAUGUGACAUCUUCCAUCAGAGCCAUAAACUUUUUAGUUCCCUCAAUCUUUUUAUAAAACAUUAUGUUCAUUUAGUCUGUUUUAUAAGUAACUAACACUGAACUCUAUAUAAAAGUUUAUAUUUAUUGCUUAUUAAACAUUUAUUGUGCUUUUAGAGAGCUUUUAAAGAGCACUCUCAAUCCAACAAGACUAAAUUCUCUUAACACUACAUUUUCAUUUUAAAUCAAACUGCAAUCAGGAAGUGUUUUAUUAUUUAGGGCAGUGGUUUAAAGUGAAAAGAAUAAACCGAUAUGCAACUGACAUGGGCCUGUUACUUCCUAAUUAAUAAUAGUGCUCAAGUGAUUUGUUAUUCAGUGAUAUUAAGGUAAAUUUGAUAUGAAAUAGAUAAGAAUUUUGAUCAUGAUUAAGCAAACCAAUAAUUGAACUAUUUUAUAGAAUAAAGGAAGUUAAGGAAAACAAAGGAGAAAUAUUUAUUCAAGAGUACAUAAAUCGGAGCUGUCUUUCAAUAUAAUCAUAUAUAGAUUAUGAUUAAACCUUAUUUGUCCAACAACCUCUAUCCCAAUAAAAAUUCUCUAGUCUGUUUAUUCCUAGAAAUUUCUUUCAACUUUAAAAUUGUUAUCUUUAGUAGUAUAUAUCUCAUUGAUUUAGAAUUUCUUCUCUUUUGAGAUAUUAACCUUUAAAGCUUUAUCCAUAACAAACCUCUGUCCUAGAUAGUCUAUUGAAACUCCUAAGCUUUCCUCUACAAUUUUGAUUUCCAUCUAGUCUUCUAUUACAUAGUAAAGUAAAAUCAGAAUAUUUACUUUGGCAUGUAUGUCUAUAAUCAUUUUUUACAAAGAAAUAUAGCCAAAACAUUAGAAAAAAACAUCAUUUAAGUUUAUUGCAGUCAUGGAACCCAAAUUCACACAGGCAUAAAAUCUUUCCAUCCUAAAAGACAUACAUAACCUAUAUCUGAACUAAAUUGCCAAUUUAUAUAAUACAGAUAAUUGUGAUCAAACUUCUCUAAUCUGGGUUGUUAAGAGGUUAUCUAAUAAACUAAUUUAAAGGAAAUUAUGUAUUUUUUUAUACAUGUAUAUAUAUUUGGUAGAACAGGAGGUAGAUAAGCACUUCAAUAACUAAACCAUGUUUGAGUUAUCUUUAUAUGGUAUUUCCGUAAUGCAUUAUUUUUAGUGUGAAUGGUCUUUUAGAAGGUCUCUGGUCUGCUGACCUCUUGUUCUAGGAUAUAUCUAGUUUCCAGGAAAGCUACCUGAUUUGUUUGUAAAAGAUUGGGAAUGCAAAGUCUUCCAGUGACUGCAAUAAUUGUUGAGAAUAUUAAUCUCUGAUGGCCAAUGCUAUCACACUGGAUAUUGUCACAGACAAUAAGGAAAGUUCUAAAUGCCCAAAAGACUAUCACAAAUUUGACAUACUUUUACUUCAUUAUUUCAUCCACAAAUCAGGAAUAAUUUUACCUUUUUCUGAGCAUUCUGAAUAUUAAAUAGCAUGCCCUUCCUUAGCACAGUGCCGGCAAGUCAGACAAUUAAUAAAAGCCAUUUUUUUGCAUACAACAUUGUACCUUUUUAGUCCAUGUGAAUAUUUGUGUUUUACAAAUAUAGACUAAGUAUUAAGUAUUUUUCAAUUCUAAGAAAAUUAAGUCUUUCCCCUAAACCUCCAUUGCUAAAGACAUGUAUAGAAGGAGAGAAGAAUGAAGACAAAGAUAAUCUAUAUUGUAUGCAAAUGUUGAAAUGAUAAUUAUAGGGGGAUGAAAUUUAAGCAAAAAUAUGCACUAGGUUGUUUCGUGAUUUAGAUACUAGUUUAUUGAGCCUCAGUUAGAGUUCAAAAUUUUCUCCCUUUGAAUCAUUUAGGGCUACUUAUGAAAUAUGUUCAUUUGGUGACAUGGCAUAGAAGCAAAUUACUGAACACAGUACAAAUGAAGAGGAAAUUCAUUAAAAAUUUGGAUUGCUUAAAAACUAAAUAGUACUUUUACUAGUUCCUAUAAAACUUUUCUCAGGAAAAUUGAAUUCACAUAAAAAUGAGAAAAAUUCAUUGAUUUUUUUUUUAUGUCUAGAUUAUUUUUAUUAACAAAAAGAUUGUUUUAACAUUAGGAAUUUAGAAAGCAUACCCAUCUAACCACAAAUCCAUCAGAUACUUAUGUUUUAAGAAUUAGCCUGAAAGUUUGUUUUGGAUUGGUUUAAACGAAACCAGUCAUUUUCUUAAGUAAAAUAUUUAUUUAACUGGUCUUGCAACUUAAAUGUA